UGGCGUUCCAUUAAGCGCGCCGCUUCUCCUUGCUUUCUGCGUCAAAAUCUAGUACCUAUUUUCGUACCGCUUCUGACUUCAUAAGCGCUCCGAGAGAGAAAGAGAUGGCCUCCGCCGCCGCCACUGAGCUCGCCCAUCUCCUGCCAUCGCUCUCGCGAUCAUCGAGAAUUUCUCGAUUGGCUACGCCUCAUACCGAGAAUUCUCCUCGGACCCUCGUCUCCUUCUCCUCGUCGAUUCGAGCGCCGUCGGCCGAUUUGGUCUGCGCGAGAAAUGGGCGGGCGCCGGUCGUGGUGGCCGCGGGCACCAGGUAUCUGAUGGGAUCGCUGAUGAAAACCGAAGGCAUGCGAUUCGCAGUCGUCGUGUCGCGAUUUAAUGAGGUUGUGACAAACUUGCUCCUUGAGGGAGCUUUAGGGACUUUCAGGCAAUAUUCUAUCAAAGAAGAAAACAUUAUAGUUGUCAAGGUUCCUGGUAGCUUUGAAAUUCCAGUGGUCGCACAACAGCUCGGGAGGUCAGGAGACUUUCAUGCAGUUUUGUGCAUUGGUGCUGUGAUUAGAGGAGAUACUACCCACUAUGAUGCUGUUGCAAAUUCUGCGGCAUCUGGAGUUCUUUCAGCUGGAUUAAACUCAGGAGUUCCAUGCAUAUUUGGUGUUCUGACCUGUGAUGACAUGGACCAGGCUAUAAAUCGAGCUGGUGGUAAAUCUGGAAACAAGGGUGCCGAAGCAGCUUUGACCGCGAUCGAGAUGGCCUCGCUAUUUAGGGACCAUUUGAAGUGAAAGAAGUAAUCAUGAGAAACCCUUCCAAACUGCGCAGCAGUCGGCACUCUCUCUUUCCAUCUAUGUACUAGAGUUGAACUUUAAUUGCAGGCUAAUGCACUGCCUGAUGUUUCUUCCCUCCAAUCAUAAUCUAUGCGAGAGUUUUGUAGUUGCUUGCUUGAAAUUCUGGAAAGGCAGCGGUGACUUGACAGUGACGGCACCUUGUGACGCACUGAUCCUAUGAAGAAAUAUUAUAGUUCGAGUGGCAGUUGAAUAAAAUCAUUGUCUUAUCAAUAAUGCAUUUAAUUUUGAAAUCUGACCUUCAACUGAGAAGGCCUUCUCUGUCUGUCUUCUAUGUAUGUGCCUUUGACUAUCCACUGAUGAAGGUCCUUAUUGCAGA